AAAUAAUUUUAUAGUAGAUACCGAUAGACAGACGCAUGUAAAUAUCUUCAAAUUUUUACCAGUGAAGGGCAGAGCUCGCAUGACGAACUUUGAUGUCGCAAUAAUCCAACGCAAUAGUGGAUCUGGUUAUAAUCGCAUUUUGCGUCUUCAACAACGAAGUCCGAAUGAUAGAAAACUAGAUUAGUACACGUAGAGACUAUGAAAGCUUGCUCUGACGUCAAAACAUUGUUUUCAAAGGUAGUAUUACUGUCAAUUGUCGUCUUUACGGCUUUUACGGGUGCAGCUUACGCCAAAAGCGUGAGUGAAGAUAUCGCGUCGAAGAUUAUCAAUGGUUUUGGAAAACUUCAACAGCAGCAACAACAACAACAUGGGACCCUGGAUCAGAUGAAAGAUGUCGUUGCUGAUAAGCCGCUUGCGCUACUUGCGUAUUCUGAAGUUAACGCUCGCGGAGCCUACAUGCGAAACAGGACCAAGUAUGAGAAAUUCGAUGACGACGACGACAAUGACGACUUAGACGGGUCGACCACCGCCGGACCUCGCCUUCUAAACGCCGCCGUCCUCCUCAAUGUUCUUCUAAAAAACAACGGCUCCGAAGAGCAUCUGCGAAAAAUCUACGCCAGCAAUGCUGAGAUUGUGGCGCUGCAAACAUAUGACGGGGAUCUGCUUUGGAUCGAGGCGCGUUUUGCCAAUGACACCAAGAAAAAGGGCUCGUUAACAUCACGACAGGUAUUACGGCGGUGGAGGCUGGAUGAAAGGAUUGAAGUGUUUGUCCCAACUGUGCUGGCUAUGUUGCCCCUCGUCGGAUUCUGGUUGGGGGUUCUAGCCCAGCGAUAAUGAUGUGCACGAAGCAGGGACGCCUAAAUCGACGUGAUCGUGAAACAAAUGAAGGGCAGUGCAAAGAACCGCUGUGUUUAGCUGAUGUCAGGGAACAAGUUAAAUAACAGGCUUAAACGACGGCUAGGGUAGCGAAGAGGACAAAUUGUCACGCAGGUCUUUACAAUAUAUAGAGAUGUGCAUCGAGAUAAGGUUCACAAUAUAUACGUUAUGUUAAUAAAGACGUGGACUAUGCAAUAGGUUUUGGUGUAGUGUUCUAGAAAACUUUUCC